CAAAUAUGGUUGUGUGGAAGUUUUAAGGUUUUUUUUAGCUGCCGGUUGCCGGUUUUCCUGGCGCGCGGCGGUGGCUGCGUUUGGUGUUCGGCGGAGGGAAUCAGAGAAUCGCGGUGCGACAUGUCCGUUGUCCACGACGAAGUGGAGAUAGAGGACUUCGAGUACGAUGAGGAGACGGAGACCUACAGCUAUCCGUGCCCCUGUGGAGACCGCUUUCUUAUCACGCGGGAAGAUCUGGAGAAUGGGGAAGAUGUGGCCACCUGCCCAAGUUGUUCACUCAUAGUCAGAGUGAUCUACGACAAGGAACAAUUCAUGUGUGGCGAAGAAGUCUCACCACUUACAGCAAACAAAGAACUAGUUAAAUGCUGAUGGACAUUCAGUAAAUAUUGCUGUUCUUGAAAAGCGUGGCAACGGUUGGACAGAAAGGACACCUGUUUUGAAGACAUGCUUGUAGUAAUUUAUUGCUUAUCAGCAGCUGCUUCAGUUCAAAAGAGAAUUGAUGUGGUGAAAAAACUAUGUCUACUUGUGCAUAAGAAACUAAUGAUGUUUGAAAGGAUUGAAUAAUCUAUCAAAUUUAAGACUGAAAAUGAAGAUGGUGGACAUGCACAUAGGUAUCAUGAAUGCUUUUUGAAUGCCUCCACUGAUCCUGGACUCUUUGAUUUUUCUGGCAAUACACCGAAUGUAAA